AUGGGAUCAUUCUUGGCUGAUCAGGGAGAGCCACCUCAGUUCCUACAAAUUUACUUUCUCGCAGACUACAACGAGCAGGUUGAUUCGCGUCUCGGCAUUCUGCCUAGCGAUAUUUCCAACGGUCCCCGUAGAGACAUUCUGUUCCGUCUACAAGACAUGCUUCACGAAACUAACAGUUACAUCCGAAGCUUAAAGUUUGCGUGGCAAAACAACUCUUUGCCCUCUUUCAGCGUUGUCAUCGAUGCAGACAGACGGCCUCACAGUGAGCAUGAGCGUCGCUUCAAUGCUCCUGUAUAUAAUGAAAUCGCCGCCGUCAUCCACGGUGAGGAGCAUAACAGCCGUGACACUGUCAUAAGGUACCGGGGCGGUGGUCUGCGCCACAUCAGUGGAACCCACCGUUCAUACGACUGUCUCCAGUACCCCCUUCUUUUUCCAUACGGAAGCGAUGGGUACCACUUCAAAAUCCAAAUAUGCCGCGCAAGCAGCGAUUCCAUGUCUACCUCAAAGACAGUCUCCUGUAGAGCUUACUACGCCUACAUGUUUAUGGUUAGGGAGGGUCAACUAUUUCUUCAAUUUGCUGUUGACAUGGCUGCAAAAAUGGAGUCGGAGAGGUUAGGAUUAAUCAAGUUAAACCAAUCCAAACUUCGAACUGACUCCUACAUUCACCUUCGUGAUGGUCUGCGUUCUGAUGGUGACCCACGCAAUCUCGGCAAACCAUGUAUUUUGCCUUGCUCUUACACUGGUGGCCCUCAAUACAUGCAUGAAAGGACACAAGACGCAAUGACCUAUGUCCGUCAUUGUGGGAGGCCUUAUUUGUUCGUCACGUUCACAUGCAAUCCGAAAUGGGUUGAUAUUACACGCGAACUUUUUCCAGGUCAGCAGUACUCACACCGCCCUCGCGUAAUUGCCCGCGUUUUCCGGUUACAGCUGCGUAAGCUUAUGGAUUUGAUCAUUAAAGGGCAAGUCUUCGGACGCGCCAAGUGUCAUAUGUACACAGUGGAAUGGCAGAAACGCUGUUUGUCUCAUGCCCACAUCCUGCUGUGGCUCAACGAUAAGGUUGACGCAAACAAAAUAGACGAUUUUAUUUCUGCUGAAAUUCCGGAUCCUGCGUUGGAGCCUUUGUUCCACGAAAUCAUUAAAAAAAAAAAUGAUACACGGCCCCUGUGGUGCGAAUUACGAAAAAAGGUCAUGUUGGUCAAGCGGCCCCAUUUGAGCAAAGGGUUACCCCCGUAA